UGCGGUGGAGGCGGUGUCGGGGUGGCAUGUUUCUUGCUUCACGAAACUUCUGUUGCCGUGGCAUUAAGCUAAGAACAGAUUUGCUUUCCAGAUCCAUCAAACAUUCCACCUCUGCACUUCCCAUUCUUCAUAUCAGAACACGUGAGAUGGCUUCAUUACUGUAAGCAGGAUGAGUGCAAGCAUUGCCCUGUGCAUCUUGUAUCUACUUGGAGUCAUUUCUAUGGAUGCAAAGUUGAAACUUGAGUCUAAUGACAAUGCCCUUCAGACACAAAAAUACAAGACGAAUUGAAGGCCUUGAUAGCAAUGUGUGGGUUGAAUUUACAAAAGUGGCAGCAGAUCCCUCAAUUGUUAAUCUUGGUCAAGGCCUUCCUGAUAUAUCCCCUCCUAGCUAUGUUAAAGAAGAGCUGGCAAAGGUAGCAGCAGUUGACAGACUGAACCAGUACACCCGAGGCUUUGGACAUCCAUCACUGGUGAAAGCCUUGUCUCAAGUCUAUGAGAAAGUUUGUGGAAGAAAGAUUGAUCCUCUCACAGAUAUCCUGGUGACUGUGGGAGCUUAUGGAUCUCUCUUUAGUACAAUACAGGCACUAAUAGAAGAGGGAGAUGAAGUAAUAAUAAUAGAGCCAUUUUAUGACUGCUAUGAGCCAAUGGUAAAGAUGGCGGGUGCAAAACCUGUUUUUAUCCCACUAAGAUGUAAAAAGGAUGGAAAUACUGCAUCUAGUGCUGAUUGGGUCUUAGAUCCUGCUGAACUUGCAAAUAAAUUUAAUUCUAAAACAAAAGCAAUUAUUCUAAAUACUCCACACAACCCGAUAGGCAAGGUUUUUACCCUGGAAGAGCUCCAAGUAAUAGCUGAUCUCUGUAUUAAACAUGACACCCUGUGCAUCAGUGAUGAGGUGUAUGAAUGGCUGGUGUAUAAAGGGAAUAAACACAUUAAAAUAGCUACGUUGCCAGGUAUGUGGGAAAGAACGGUAACUAUAGGAAGUGCUGGGAAAACAUACAGUGUAACUGGCUGGAAGCUUGGUUGGUCCAUUGGUCCUGAGCACCUGAUUAAGCAUUUGCAAGUUGUUCACCAAAAUACACUCUAUACUUGCCCAACUCCAUUACAGGAGGCUUUGGCACAAGCAUUCUGGAUGGACUAUAAGCGCAUGGAUGACCCUGACUGCUAUUUUUACUCCCUGUCUCGAGAGCUGGAGAGCAAGCGUGAUCGUAUGGCUCAGCUACUGAAAGGGGCUGGACUAAAGCCUGUCAUUCCAGAUGGAGGAUACUUCAUGAUUGUUGAUGUUUCCACAUUAAAUGUGGAUCUCUCUGAUGUAGAUGAGAAACAACCUUAUGAUUAUAAAUUUGUCAAAUGGAUGAUAGCAUCUAAGAAGCUGUCAGCAAUUCCUCUUUCAGCAUUCUGUGCUCUUGAGACAAAGAAACAGUUUGAAAAGUACAUACGUUUUUGCUUCAUUAAGAAAGACAGCACACUCGAUGCAGCUGAAGUGAUCCUGAAGAACUGGAAUAAACAGGCAGACUGAUUUUUCUAAUUACUUCUUCCAUAUAGUGUAACUAUCUAAUAGUAGGGUUUUUUUAAAUUGGAAAUUUAAGAAAAAAUUACUUAGUACAGAAUUAACAUGACAUUGUAAAUAACUUUUUACUGAUACCUGCUGAGGAGUUAAAACAAGGAUUUACUGAAAUAUGUGUAAUGCAACUCAGAGGUUAUUUUCAGUCUUUUAAAAAUAAAUUGCUUUUCUCUUAAAGAAA